AUGAACAAUAGCCAAAAUGGUAAUAAUCCAACAGAACCACCAAUUCAAAACACCGAAAAUGAAUUCAAUAUUAACCGAUUAUUAUCAAGGGAACUUGUGAUAACAAAUCAACCUCUACUAGAACUUGGCACCACAAAUAUAAUUCCAACUUCAAAUCGCUUGACUUCUAACCUUCAACAUGAAAGUAACAUAACAAGAAGACAAGAAGGUCGGCGAAGACGCUGCCAAAGACAAGGUCAACGACGUCGUGAACAACGAGAAACAUUCAGACGACAACAACAUAGAACAACUACAUCAACAUAUGUCCCAGUGGCAGCAACAACAGCAGCGCUUACAACGACAACAGCGACUGCAACGAAAUCAACAACGAAGACCAGGCCAACAAUGAUUCCAACAUUGGUCACAACCAAGAUAUCGAAGACAACAACCAUCACCAUUAACUGA